ACUCAAAAAAAAAAAAGAGAUCAGAAAUUGUAUAGCCAAACUAUAUUUAAGGGGGGUUACAACCAUUAUUCUAUCAUUCCAUCAAUCAAUCCAUCAAUCAAUCAUUGAAAGUAGAGUAGAAGUGUUAAGAUGGCGUUCAAUUUCUCAAACUUCACCAAGGAUCUUAGAUCAUUAGCCGAUAAGGUAUCAACUGAGUUUAAUAAUGAAGUGGUACCAUUAGCUCAAAGAACUACUAGAAGAGUUCAAGAAAGAAUUGGUAAGGUUAAUGUCGAUGAUAUAAGUCAAUUACCAUCAGAAUAUUUGGAAUUAGCUGCUAAAUGCAAUCAAAUCGAAGCUUUAUACAAGAAUGUAUUAAAGAUUACUUCUAAUUAUGAAAAUGAAAGUUAUGAUUAUCCUCUUAAUGUUCAAGAAUCAUUUAAUGAUUUUAGUAAGAAUAUUACUACCAGAGUUUCUAGUUUAUCAAAGGCAACUACUCCAGCUGAAGCUCAAGCUGCUUUAAUUAAUCCAACUACUGGUGAAUUCAAACCUCCAAAAACUUUGUAUCACGCAUUAGCUAGAGCUACUGAUGCAUCAGUAUUAACUAAUAAUCCUGCUUCAACUGAUCCAUUAGUUAAAGGACUUGAUUUAUAUUCAUCUAAUUUAAAUAAAAUCGCCAAUGCAAGAUUAGGUCAAGAUCAACUUAUUAAAUCAAAAUUUAAUAAACCAUUAACUACUACUUUAAGACUGUUGAUUGGUCAAAGUAAUAAUAUUCAAAAUAAAGUUCAACAAAAGAGACUUGAUUAUGAUUUAGCAAGAUCAAAUGUGGCUCAAUGUACUAAUCCAGCUAAAGAACCUCAAUUAAGAGUGGUUAUGGAAAAUGCUGAAGAUGAUUUUGCUAAUACUGUUGAAGAUGCUAUGAAUAUUUUACAAAAUGUUUUAGAAAAUGCUAAACCAUUAGAUGAAUUCUUAGAAUUAAUAAAGGCUCAAUUGGCUUAUCAUAAAUUAGCUAAUGAAAUAUUAAGUAAUUUAGUUGGUAAAUUUGAAUCUUUAAUUGAUGAAAAGAAUGAUGAUACCACAAUUAGUGAAAAUAUUACUGGUAGAGAAUCUGGAGAUUUCGAUAUUUAAAUAAAGUAGUGUAUUAUGUAUACCUGUUAGUUUAUAUUCUUAUUAUUA